AACUUCGGUCUCAACACCAAAACAACGUCGAUACGGCCCGGCGCCACUUCCACUCCCUUAACAACCCUCAGUGUCUCUCAAAAAUUCCCUGCAGCACUCCGCGACGCUCGCAGUCAUCCCACCCAACCCGGCACAAUGGCCAGCGCAACCGGCAUCCCCGCCGUCCCGGCACCCAAGGCGCCCGCGACACCAAUUGAGCCACUGAACACAGACAUUGCGCGCAUCUACGCGCAUGUCCAUCCUGUUCUCGUUCUCUCUUUGUAUGCGUACAAAUUCAAUGAUCUCGUCGCCAACCCUGCACCGGUGCUCAUUAGCACGCUACUCCCUAUUGCAGUCCUGCAGGUUGUCUAUGUAGCCGUGUGCCUGCCGCCGACAAGCGGUACAGGCUCGACGCCACAGAUCAAGAAGCAGAAGGCCGGCGAGAAGAAGAAAGCUGUGCUUAGCAAAGUCGAGAAGGGUAUCAACGAGACGGUUGUUCCUGCGUUUCUCUCUCUUCUCCUUACGGCUCUGGCAUCGACGCCCCUCCUCACCGCAAUACUCGUCCUCUUCGGCGCACCGGUGACAACGCACCAAGCACAUACUCUUCUGGCCGGCGCACAUAUCGCAGUGCUGAGCACUCUACCGCUAGUUUACGUACAUGGAGUCAGUGGCGAGACCUGGCGAGAAGCUAUUGCGCUCUUGCUACCCAUAGACGAGGUUUAUGGGGGCCUGAUUGGCACUGUGCUGGGUGCUUGGCUGGGCGCCGUGCCUAUUCCGUUGGACUGGGACCGCGAAUGGCAGAAGUGGCCGGUCACAAUUGUCACGGGCGCAUAUGUCGGAUUUGCAAUUGGCAAGCUGCUGGGAGGCACACUGCUCAAGGGCAAGAAGAUCAUGUUUGAGUGACUCUGAGCAGUACCUCGAGUCGGCACUAGAUUUGUGUAAAUUAUUACUAGACAAAUACUCGAGCAAACUACAAGUUCGGUGCCUAAAAGUUCAGCUUCUCCACGCGCGAUUGCUUUGCGCAAUAGAUGCUCGAAGGACACAGCUACCGAGUCUAGUAGCCGUCUGCAGCACCCGACAAUACCGUCCUAAUACAACAUUUUACCGAAGCAAUUGGGAGCUGUCAGAUCUGCCGUUGCGUUGCAGCGUUCGGCUUCCUGCUCCUAUAGCCAUCCAAUGCACGCUAGCGG